AUGAUUUCAAAAACAAUUAAAUAUAAGUUAGAGCUCUACAAUUUGUAUAAAUAAGCACAAAAAUUGCUCGAAAUGUAGUAUAAAUAAAUAAUGAAAUAAAAUGAUAAACAUCCUAUAAAAUCAAAAAUUCCAGUUGCAAAGGGUAAACAUGCUUUUGAAUGUGGAGGUCAGACAUUUGUUGUGGAUGAGAAAUACGAAUUCAUUAAGCAAAUAGGGUAAGGAGCUUAUGGAGUAGUGUGCUCUGCAAAGAAUAAAAAGAAUGGUUAGAUGGUAGCAGUUAAGAAAAUUCCAAAUGCAUUUGAGGAUUUAGUGGAUGCUAAAAGAAUAGUGAGGGAGAUCAAAUUACUAAAGUUUUUUGAUCAUGAGAACAUUAUUUCUUUAGUUGAUUUGCCUAGACCAGAUGCAAAAACAGGAUUCAAUGAUAUUUAUAUAAUAACAGACUUAAUGGGCACAGAUUUGCAUAAAGUCAUUUAUUCAUCAUAAGCUUUGACAGAUGAACACAUUUAAUAUUUUGCGUAUCAAAUGUUAAGAGGACUACUCUAUAUCCAUACAGCAAAUGUGAUACAUAGAGAUUUGAAGCCUAGCAAUAUCCUUUUGAAUAAGGAUUGCGACUUAAAAAUCUGUGAUUUAGGAUUAGCUAGAGGUUAUGAAUCUGAGGAGGAAUUCAAAACCGAAUAUGUGAUAACAAGAUGGUACAGAGCACCAGAAGUUAUUUUGAAUGCAUCUGAAUACACCAUAAGCAGAUGUAUAAUAGCAGAACUUUUAGGUCGUACUCCAUUAUUUCCAGGUGAGGACUAUUUAGAUUAAGUUUAGAGGAUUAUUUCAGUCUUAGGAACACCGACUCCUGAUGAUAUGAAAUACAUUGGAAAUCCAAAUGCUAUAAAUUACAUCAAAAGUCUGCCUAAAAGAACAAAGUAGUCAUUCACUCAACUCUAUCCCAAAGCCAAUCCUAAGGUUUGCGAAUUAUUGACUAAGAUGAUUACAUUUAAUCCAGAUAAAAGAUACACUGUUGAAUAAUGUUUGGAACAUGAUUAUUUUGAUGGAUUACAUAAUCCAGAAGCUGAACCAAGAUGUGACAAGGUUUUCGAUUGGAGUUGGGAUAACUUUGAAUUAAAAAAAGAAACUCUAUAAAAAAUGGUUUAUGACGAAUCUUUAUAAUUUAAUCCUGUCAAAUUGUGA